AUGGCUUCCUUUGCCCAGCUUUCCAUUCAUCUAUCUGCAAUUAGCACCCUUUCUUUCGCUCCAGCUCGCUCCAGCUCGCUCCAGCAAAUCCUGGGCGUCGCUGCAAGUCCAAGAUCCACUGCGGUGCAGAGCAAACACAACCCUCAGCAGCAAAUCUCCCCUCAUUCAGCUCGCUCUCCGUGCAUCACCACCGCCACCACACUUGCUUGCAAACGACAGUCUCAGCCUCGAGCUGAAGGUGUGCAAGUCUAUAUGCCUCGAAAGCCCGCUUUAUCCUCGACAGCAUCGAUUUUGAGGGAUAGGGGGGGCCAGAUACAUCAAAAUACAACAUGCACGGGCCAAGUUGCGAUAAUUCUUUCACCCCACCAAGCGUGCUCGCUGGCCCUUGGCUCUCUACCUUACAAACAACAAGACAAGAGAGAAGCCAAGGAAUCUGGCCGGCCUGCCAUCGCCGAGGAACCAGGUAUUCGAAAUGUUCUCGAUGCAGCCACCGACACGUAUACUCUCCGACCCCGAGUUCACUCGUCCUUUUUCGCGGACAGCGGACAUUGGGUUCGGCCGUUUUUCUUGGUGACAAAGUUCAUCAAGAGGGGUCCGGACGCAUGCCCGAGUGAUGCUGGUAUCAAACAAGCAUCUCGGGGGCCAAAGUUUUUUUGGAAAGGCAUUUGGCUGGCUGGGCUCUUGUCCAGGGCCCCCAUCGCCCCCCCCCACUCGAGGCUGAAGAAUCAAGCGGAACAACAAAAAAAAAAUAAGAAAUCACGAGCCGAUUCAGUUCUCACCGAGUGGCGAGAUUUCUUCGGCCGUUCCCACCCCUCUCUCGUCUAG